GCCGUGCUGCAGAGCUGACUGUAGGAAAUCGUUGGUGACUUUAUGAGCAAUGGAGGAGAUCUAUGCCAAUGUUGAAUAUGACAAACCCAUUGACCCAAGACCUUCAGCAAAUCAGACAGGUCCCAGGAGCUCUGAGAGGAGAUUUCAUGGAUCUGUUGUUUUCUGUCUGGGUCUGUUCACUGUUCUCCUGCUGGUUGGACUCAUCUGCCUCGGUGUCCACUACCGUGACUUAUCUGCAGAACUCUCCACUAUCAAUGGCAACCUGACUGAGCUUCUCCAGGCCAGUAAAGACAAGCUGUCCUCCAUGACUGAAGAGAGAGACCUGCUGAAUGCCAGCCUCACUGAAAUGACUAAAGAGGUGGACAGGCUUCAGAGAUUGUCCAAACAGAAGAAAACUUGCCCUGCAGGAUGGAAGAUGUUCAGUUGUACCUGUUAUCUCUUCUCCACUAAUUCUUAUUCUUGGGAAGAAGGCAGACAAGACUGCAGAGAGAGAGGAGCAGAUCUGGUGAUCAUAGACAGUUCUGAAGAACAGGAAUUUCUCACUAAAAACAUCAGGAAGGACACCUGGAUUGGUCUGACUGACAGAGUCAAUGAGGGCACCUGGAAAUGGACUGAUGGAACUCCACUGACUCUGGCGUACUGGUUGACAAAGCAGCCUGACAAUGGUGGUGGAGAUCCACAGUGGGGGGAAGAGGACUGUGCACAUUUGGUAGCUGGCGCAAAAAGGACAGAGAACUGGAAUGAUCUGCGGUGUGAUGACACUCUGCAAUGGAUCUGUGAAAAAAUGACUUAAGAUUUAUUGAGUUUUAUAAAUUCUGUUACUAUGUAAGUUAUGAUUACUCAAAAGGUCUUUAAUUGCAAUUACUGUAUGUGUAAAUAGAAAGAGAGAAAUAAUGUACAUCAACACUGGCUAUUAAGGAAUGGAGACCAGGAAUUAAGAUCUCACUUUUUAAAAAAAAGUUACUUCUUUUAAACACCGCUGCCUAAUGUUACCACAAAUGUUGUGGCUAACGUUAUACCGAACAUACUAUAAUGUUUGACCCUGAAUGUACUGAUUAUGAUAAUAAAACAAACUCAAUGCUUUC